GAACUCUAUACCCGGAGAGCCUGGAACGGAUUAUCCCAUAUACUCUAGUGUACAGGAAACCAGCUUCUCAUGCUCAGGACUUAUUUUUGGAGGUUAUUAUGCUGAUCCCGAAUUGGAGUGUCAAGCCUAUCAUGUUUGCCUCCAGGACCCUAUAGAUUUCACUAACCUGUAUCCAGUUUCCUUCUUGUGCCCCAACGGAACUAUCUUCAAUCAAGCCCUGUUCAACUGCGACUGGUGGUAUAACGUUGACUGUGCGGCCUCUACUGGACUUUAUGGCUUGGCUGAGGGAGCAUUUGGAACUCAGGGUGGAGAUGCUAGCGACGCAGGAAGUUGUCCAGCAGCACAGCAGGGGUCAGACGCACAGUGUGCAGGUGCUGUAUCUACCUGCUGGUCCCCCGGACAAAGAGACACAGAUUGUCCCAAUAGCGGACUCUGCUGCUUUGAUGGCUGCGCAAACACAUGCGGAGAUGCACCCCAAGUUGCCAGUGAUGCCCAGGCUCCUGCUAUUACUGUGACAACCACCCCUGGCUACCAGUAUGAUGUACCAGAGGUUACUCUGGCUGUGAGGCCCCAGACUACUCCUAGACCAGCUCCUACUACUGAGGAACCUCUAGCUCUAUACGGACCUCCAGCUAGACAAGGACGUGCAUUUAGCUCACCCAGAAGAAAUAACAGGAGACAGGGAAGACGAGUGAAGGACCGAAGAAAUGUCGUCUUUGUCUAAGCAAUAAUUUCCAAAUUAAUCUUUGGUGCCAUUAGCUUUGUUUGAAUCCUAUCGGUCUGAAUUAUCAGGACUAGACUAUAAGGGCAUUCCAGUAUUAUGUUUGCUAAUAUAGAGCCUAUAAAGCUUUAUAUUAAUCCCGUAUCUAUAUCAAAACUUACUUUUUGAUGAACACAUUAUUUAUUUUAAGGUUGGUUGUCUAUAACUUUGUAACCCAAUUGCUUAGCAAAAAAUAUGUAGCAAGCAAAAAUUGUGAAUUUUACAUUUAGCUGGCAAUUAUUUUUGCAUUAAAAAAGAUGUUCCGAUGCAAAGCAGUGAUAUUGCGAUGUGAGCAAUUGCAUUUUCAGGAGCACUUUCUCUUGUGUCUACUGAAAAUUGAUCAAUAGCAAAAUCAUUGAUUUGCAUUUUAUUUUUCCUACUUGUCUUACAUCUGUAAGCAAAUUCUGAUUUUUUAUUUGUAUUUAUUAUUUAUUUUGAAUUAUGAUGAAUACAAGGCAUUUUGAAAAUGGACUCAUGUAUUUUCAUCAUCCUUAAGUACAAAUGUGUAUGGCUGAAUUUAUGAUUGUGAAUAUGUGUACACAUAUAUCUCUUUACGCACUUCAGUUGUCUAUAAAUCGUAAAAAAGCUAUGUUUUUACUAUGAAAAACUACCAUAUUUUACUGAAUAUGAAUACGAUUAAAACAUAAAAAGUGUACCGUAGAGUUUAUUAUGUAAUGCUUAAAUGUUGCAAUAAAUACUUUAAUUGUGU